GUUAAGUGUCGUCAACAAAAGAAAGGCGUCAAUACCAAAAAAAAAAAAAAAAAAAAAAGUCUUGGCUUUUGUCAGAGAAAGUUGUAGAUCAAAGGCCAAAUCUUGUAACUCAAAGUCCUCUUCAGUUAUAGAAAUUGUCUGAAAGUAUUAGAUUACAAGAGCAGUGCAUCAAAGUCUAUGUUCUCCUCCGAUGGCGUAAAACCUCAGAAGCACUAAUUCCUCAGGUACUAACUAUUUUCCCCAAUGGUUCUUCAUUAGAUGAUGGACGAAAGCUGAAACCUUUGCCUGCAAAUCGAAUUUUUCUGUGGAUGAUUUGAGUGAGGUUCGAAAAAAUGUCGGAAAAGAGCUUGCUUUCCUCAAAAUUCCUCUUUUACACAGUAACUGUUUCAACGCUACUGUUCAUUCUCUCUUCCCUCUUCUUCCUCCAACGCAACGAAUCUUCUUUCACUUCAACUUUAGUUCGCAAGCUAAUUCUUCCAAGAACAGACAUCAAGAACGAAGGAUUCAGGAAAACCGAUUCUAAACCGGUCUCAUGUGGUCUAAAUCGAGAUGUGUUGAAGGUGUUUAUGUACGAUUUGCCCCCUGAGUUUCAUUUUGGGAUAUUGAAUUGGCACAGAAAAGGAUCUGAGAUUUGGCCAAAUGUCAAGAACAUUAGCACAAUCCCAUCUUAUCCCGGUGGGUUAAAUCGGCAACACAGUGCAGAGUAUUGGCUUACACUUGACCUAUUAGCUUCAGAGACACCUGAGAUUAAGAGACCAUGUACUGCAAUUAGAGUGAAGAAUUCGAUUGAAGCUGACAUAGUUUUCGUGCCCUUCUUCUCCUCGUUGAGUUACAAUCGGAAAUCUAAGCUCCGUGGAAACGAAACCACCAGUGUUGAUAAACUGUUGCAGGAAAGAUUAGUUGAGUUCUUGAAAAGUCAAGAGGAGUGGAAAAGAUUUAAUGGGAGAGAUCAUCUGAUCAUAGCUCACCAUCCAAACAGUUUGCUCUAUGCAAGAAACUCGCUUGGAUCCGCUAUGUUUGUUCUCUCGGAUUUUGGAAGAUACCCAUCCUCGAUUGCGAAUCUUGAGAAAGACGUCAUUGCACCUUACUUCCACGUCGUCAAGACUAUCCCUAACAAUGAGUCUGCUACGUUUGAGAACCGUCCUGUAUUGGCGUAUUUCCAAGGAGCAAUCUACAGAAAAGAUGGUGGAACUAUUCGCCAAGAACUGUAUAACCUUCUUAAAGAUGAGAAAGACGUUCACUUUGCAUUUGGAACCGUAAAAGGGAACGGGACUAAACAAACUGGUAAAGGAAUGGCUUCCUCCAAGUUUUGUCUGAAUAUCGCAGGUGACACGCCUUCCUCUAACCGUCUUUUCGACUCCAUCGUGAGCCAUUGUGUUCCUGUUAUCAUCAGUGACCAGAUUGAGCUUCCAUUCGAAGAUACUCUAGACUAUUCGGGCUUCUCUGUGUUUGUGCACUCUUCGGAAGCUGUAAAGAAAGGGCUUUUGGUGAAUCUCCUUAGAGGGAUAACAGAGGAUCAGUGGAAGAAGAAGUGGGAGAGACUAAAAGAGGUUGUUAGGUUUUUCGAGUAUCGUUUUCCUUCGCAGCCUGGAGAUUCCGUGGAUUUGAUUUGGUCGUCGGUUUCGCAUAAGCUUUCCUCACUUCAUUUUGGUGUUCAAAGAAAGAAUCGGUACCAUAGGUCUGAAAUUUUUGACAGAAAUCAAUCGACUUAAGAUCAUAUAUGUCAUAUAUGAAAGAUGUUAUUUGAAGAAGAUCCAUUUUCUCUU